GCUCAGUUCAAGGCACGACUGGACCGACACUGGGCGAACAAGAUGUACGACAUCCCGAAUCCCUACCAUUAAGAGCCUCGCCUUUACCUGUCACACACGCUCGAUGGGAGCGGGACCUCCAGGCCUAGUGGCCUUAUUACCCGAUAACCGAUAAGACAGGUGUUCUGCUGAGCGCUGACUGAGCCGCUGGGACCGGCGCACGGAGAUGACCCUGUUCGGAGGUCAGCAGCAAGGAACCGUAUCAGCGCCGCGACUGCAGCCGCCCGCCCCGGCCAGGAAGGGCGGCGCCAGUCGCGCGGACGGGCCGCCGUCCGCCGCCCCGUCCUGGGCCCGCUCGGGUGGCAGCACCCUCGCGCCGUUCAAAGUGACGCCCAUGAUCCAGCUGGGAGGCCGCGACGGCGGCGGCGACCGUCCCUACAUGGGCGGCUGCUGUCCCAGAUGCACGCCACACUCAAAGAAGGCACACCUGGACCCCCAGGUGAUGCAGCUAGGCAUCCGUAACCUGCUGCGGGUGAACACGAUGGACCCGGACCGCAGCUUCCUAGUGCGGACGUUCUGCUUCAUCAGUCACACGGCCACUCGGGAGAUCCGCCAGCCAAAGGCCGACAUCAGCAACCAGGCCGUACUGGACACUGACGCCGUCCAGCUGGCCCUGGAGCAGUCAGUGGAGAUGGAACUGGAGUCGCGCGGACUGACAGAGUCGCCCGAGGCGGAUCAGCUGGUGCGGCGCGUCCUGUACGCGCGCGCUGAGGCUAUCCUGACCGGGAUGCGCACCACUAUCAGCACCGUCAUGCUGAGGUUCAGUACGUGGGCGCUGCUGCAUCUGCUGCGCUGUAUGCUCGGCUCCGUGCUCGUCCACAAGGGUCAGCUGGAGGCGGUCAAACAGGCGCAGCGGGCCAGCCCGGGCACACCCGUCAUCUUCCUGCCGCUGCACAAGUCGCACCUGGACUACAUCCUGCUCAGCUUCGUCUGCACCAACUACGGCAUCCAGGCGCCGCUGGUGGCCGCCGGGGAUAACCUGCGGAUCCCGCUGUUCGGCCCGCUGCUCUCCCGGCUCGGCGCCUUCUUCGUGAAGCGCCGCCUGGACACGGCGUCCGGUCGGAAGGACCUGCUGUACCGCGCCAUCCUGCAGAACUACAUGGAGGUGGCGCUGGCGCGGGGCUACAACAUGGAGUUCUUCAUCGAAGGAGGACGGUCCAGGAACGGCAGGCCCCGACCGCCAAAAGCCGGCCUCCUCAGUGUCGUAGUCCACGCGUUCAAUCAGCAGCGUAUCGACGACGCCCUGCUGGUGCCGGUCGGCGUCAGCUACGACCGCAUCAUCGACGGCAACUUCAUCGGCGAGCAGCUGGGCCGUCCGAAGCAGGGCGAGUCGGUGGCGGCGGCCGUGCGCGCCAUCUGGGCCGUGCUGCGCGGGCGGCACGGCUCCGUGCGGCUCGACCUGGCGCAGCCGUUCAAACUGUCGGAGUUUCUGUCAACGGGCCGGUACCCGCGGCCGGCGCCGCCGCUGCUGGACUCUGUGCCUCUCUCGUCGUCUCCCGACUCUAACUCGUCAGGUAGCUCGCUGUUCGGUCUGGACCAGGUGGACCUCCAGCAGCGGUCUGCUGUCAGCGCGCUGGCCCAGCACGUUCUCUAUGACGCGGCCAGCUGCUGCGCCGUGAUGAGUACCCAGCUGGUGGCUCUGCUGCUCCUCCACCGGUUCCGCAGCGGCUGUACCCUCAGCGCGCUCACCAACGCGUUCGGCAAGACCCGCGACGACCUGCGCACGCGGCGAGUCGACGUCGGCUUCACCGGCGAGACGGGCGACGUGGUCCGAUCGGCGGUGUCUCUGCUGGGCCCCGGUCUGGUCACCGAGGAGCGUCUGCAGAUGUCGGGCGGCCCGGACCGGCCUCCCCUCGAGGUCACGUUUGUCCGUCCUGUGACCAUCCUGCCCAACGUGCUGGAGCUGGCCUACUACUCGCACGGCGCCAGCCAGCCGCUGGGAGUGGACGCCGUGCUGGCCGCCUCCCUCCUCUCCCUGCUAACGGUCGACCUGGCCGCGCUGGUCGACGCCGGCCCGACCCGCGACUGUGAGGUCGGCCAGCACCAGCUGCUGACGGCUGCUGCCCACCUGGCCGACCUGCUGAGUGACGAGCUGCUGCUGGCGCCGCCCUGUCGGCCCAUCGAGGACGCGCUGACAGAGCCGUUCAACCGGCUCACCAGCGCCGAGGUGCUGGUCAGCGUACAGGAUAAGCCGGCCAACGAGUCUGAGGAGUGGGCCAGCCGAGCGUUCGCCCGCUUCAGAGACCAGACUGAGCAGGCGGACAGCGAGAGUGAUUAUAGCGACGGCGACACCGACUUCGGUCACCCGGCCAACGAGACAUUCUACAUGGUACAGCUGACUGCCGACAGUCGCGAACAGCUGCUGUUCCUGCAGUCCCAGGUGGCGCCUGUGAUCGACACGUACUACAUCACCGCCUGCUGUCUGCACCGGCUGGUCGGCCAGGAGCUGGCCGAACAGGACUUUGUACUCGAUGUGCUCUACGAGAUCAAGAACAAACUGAUGCUCGGCAUGCUGGCUUAUGGUGAGAGUCUGUCAGCGGAGACGAUCCGCAGCGCGCUGCGCACCUUCCGCCGCUGGGGUGUGCUCGACUCGUUUGACCAGGACGGUCUGCGGCUCAUCUAUCUGAGCCGGCAGUACGACGGCGACCAGCCGCUCGGCAGGCUCGUGGCGCGUAUCCUUCCCUUCAAAAAGUGACACACAGAGCCGCCGCCGCGGACACAGGCGGCGACAGGGGAGAGUAAGGUUGGAGAUACACCGGCAGAGCGGCUGUCCUCGACUGGAGAAGAUAUCCAGGUCCCGGGUGUAGGGCGGGGAGGAGAGGUUACCCGGAGGAUACCCGGACGACACACUCGCCACCCUGGUGUCGCGCCAGAUGGCUGACUCUGUCUGACGGUGGAGGGGCCGUGCGGUGAUGGAGUCAGGGCAGAGUCAGAGUCGCAGUCGGUCCAGACUCGAGUCAAAGCGUGUCAGAGUCGGUGAGUGAGUCGGAGUCGCCCGUCGAGCUUGGACGCAAGAUGCGUCAGCCUUCGGAGAAUGAGAAGCAGUAACUGAUGCCAAACAUAUUCUCAGAUAAUCUGCUCAACGCAUAGACUCCGUAAUAUCCGUCUGCUCACACGACUGUGGCCAUUCAGUGUGAAUGCUAGUACAAGGGCUCAUAAGGAUGCAUAUUAUGAGUGGGGUUAUAUUUCAUUCUCCGCACACUCUCGUAUAGACCGUUCACGUUGUCUUUUCCGAUUCGGUCGGCUUAUCACCUCGAUGGCACGACAUUGUCAUCAGCCUCGGUGCCGCGUAGCGUGUGGCGAAUCUCACGCGUGUGAGCGUGGGUGAGCGCGUGUGAGCGUCGAUUGGCGACUGUUGCGCUCACCGCUCGCCGUUUGAGAGACGUGUAUGUUUGUAUGUGUGGGUGUCGGUGGCCGGGACGGUGACUCCGGAUUGAGUCAGUCCGGGCCCCGGGGCGGCAGAUAGGCCCGUCAACCACCAGUGACGGCCCGUCAAACAGCGGCCAUUCGUCAACACCCGGCCUUCGGACCGUCACGUGCCGCCCCAUAGAUCCAGUCUUUCCCAUCAGCCAACGUUGCAAUAUAUGGAUGACAGUU